AUGGCCGCGAAAGCGUCUCUGACAUUGCUUCUGGACUGCUUCUAUUGCCUUCGCAUGGAUUGUGCGGCGAUCUCCAUCGAUUACAAGCUCAAUUUCAAGCCAGAAAAGGCCGACCAGAUUCCACUGCUUCACGAACGUGUCGCACAACGAAUGUAUGACCUAUUCACUUUGAACGGUGGCUUAUACAUCAAAAUGGGGCAAGCUAUAGGUGCGAAUGCACCCCUGAUGCCACGCCCAAUGCAGGACAAGUUCGGACGCCUGUUUGAUGACGCACCCCAGAUUCCAUACGAGAGUGUAUUGGCUGUCUUCAAGAAGGAGUUCGGCCGUCCACCAGCCGGCCCGGACGGACUUUUUGAGGAGUUCGAAGAGCAGGCCAUGGCCAGCGCGAGUGUUGCGCAGGUGCACAAGGCGAAGACGAAGGAUGGGCGUUGGGUCGCCGUGAAGAUCCAGAAGCCGGAUGUGUCGAGGCAGAUUAAUUAUGACCUGACGGCUUUCAAGGCUGUGAUGUGGAUGUUCGAGCAUUGGGUGUUUGAUCUCCCGGUGUAUUUCGUCGCUGAUUUCAUUACGGAUCAUCUCAAGCAGGAGCUGGACUUCGUGCAGGAGGCGACGAACUCGCGGACGAUGGCUGCCUUCGUUGCGGCCGAGCCACGGUUGGCGCAGCAAGUGCAUAUACCCAAGGUGUACCCGGAGUACUCAUCAAAAAGGAUCAUGACGGCGGAGUGGAUUGAUGGCGUCCGGCUCAGCAACCGCGCGUCGAUUCGGAAACUGAUGGGCGAACGGGAUAAAGACGCACAGGCUGCGCAGCUGCCGCCCCAUCUCGAGGGCGUAAGGCUGCAAGGCGGCGUCCGUGCGGUCAUGCAGUCGAUGGUGGAGCUAUUCUCGGCGCAAAUGUUCAGCUGGGGAUGGGUGCACUGUGACCCGCACCCAGGUAAUAUCAUUAUUCGGCCACACCCCGAGAGGCCGGGCAAGCCGCAGCUCGUGCUCCUUGAUCAUGGGCUGUACGUGCGCGUGCAGGAGCCAUUCCGCCGACAGUAUGCGACGCUGUGGAGGGGUCUGCUCGCGGCGGACUUCAAGGCGAUCGAGGGUGUAAUUACGCAGUGGGGCUUUGGCGCACCGGAUUUGUUCGCUAGUGCGACGCUCAUGAGGCCUAUCAAGCUGCGGGGGCAGAAGCCAAGGAAGGGGGGAGUUCCAAUGGCGGAGCUCAAUCAGUAUGAUCAUGGUGUUAUGAUGAAGGCCAGGCUAAAGGAAUUCUUGACGGAUACCGAUAAAAUGCCCAAGGAGCUUAUUUUCCUUGGUCGGAACAUGAGAAUCGUCCAGGGUAAUAACCAGGCACUUGGAUCUCCCGUCAACCGCAUCAAAAUUACUGGAUACUGGGCCUCGCGAUCUCUUGUGACCAUGCCGAGUCUGACGCUGUCCGAGCGGAUACGGGAGUACUGGCAUUACUUCAUUUUCCAGACGGUCAUGCUCUCGAUCGACACUGCUUUCUGGCUAAGCAAACUUAACGAGAUGACACGCCGUUUUCUGGGUCUCAAGACGGAGAGUUUCGAGGACGAGUUAGAGCGCUCGAUGCGGGGCUACGCAAAGACCCAUAUGGGUGUGGACGUCGCGCCCGACGCGUUUAACGGAUAG